GUUCUGCGGUGAUUACGCCGCCGCUCCUCUCUCGUGUCUCACCGCGCACCCCACGGCCACCUUGCAUGUUCCACCCACAACACACAAGCGCGCAAAACAGAUAGACGCCAUGAGCAACCCCUACUUCGGGUACCAGGGGUUUCGGUCAGCCGGCCAGAUUCUCGCCCCAACCUUGAAACCAGGCGAAACUUAUGAGAGUCGUGACAACAAGUACUCCAAGAUGGGCAGGGGGGUCGCCUAUGAGAACAGGGUAGCUCCGGCCCCUCCCACCAUGACCACCUGCAGCGGCGAGGCGUUCUCAAACGUUACCAGGGGGGACUACGAAGUACCGGAUAGACGAGGGGUUUCUGCCAAGCACUUCUCGGCGAAACCACAGGAUAGGUCAAAGCCGUUCCUUCACGACUCAUUGUACGAGCACGACUUCAGGAACUUCUCCGACGAGGUAGACGGGCUGGACGGGGGAGAGGGACCAAAAGGGGGGAAACGCGACGGGGAAAAAGCAUUCAAGCAGGAGUUUGACAGGCUAGACUCGGGCAACGGCGUGGUUCACAUACGGGACAUGCCGAAGCUCAUCCAGGGUGUGCUUGGCCGCGACGUGCGCCCUUGGAUCCUGGACCGUAUCCUCAAGAUGUUUGAGGCGAAAAGGGACGGCAAAGUCACCUGGCUCGACCUCCAGGAUGGACUGAGGAAGGUCGCGGAGUCGGCCAGGUCCGACGUGUCGUACAAGGAGAGGGAGAUGCCAGAAUGGCUCGUCGCCAACAGAAAGGUCAUGCCGGCGGUAACGCACGGGCAAGUGGCGGAGAGCUGCUACCAGAUGGACAUGGGCAAGGACGGGGAGAUACCGCGCGAGCGCAGGAUCUGGUACAAGACAGGCAUGUCCUCGACGACCCUCGACCUCUUCGGAGGCACCACGAAGGCCACCUACCAGGUACCGGGAUACGGCGGUUUCGUACCCGCGAGCAAAAUGAACCUCCGCGCUCGCGAGCAUGGCGACAUGAAGAACUCGAGACGACCACGUUUGGACCUCCGCCUCUUCUACCGUCACAACAACCCUGGUUACACCGGCCAUGCACCUGCCGCCGCCUGCAACGACCCGGGCCCGUCGCGCUGCGGUUCCAACCCGCUCACUACCUCCGGUGCCGCGGCACUGGGGCUAACCUUAUGAAAGUGCGAGCGAUCGCAACACACAAGCUAAAGGUCAUGCGGAAAUAUUAUUCUUCGAGUGUUCUUUUUCCGGGGGGG